AUGUCCUUCUCGGCCAUCGCUGGUGAUGCCUCCGCGGGCGUAAAGCCCUUGCUCGCAAAAGACCUGCCGACGCAGGCAUUUCCCGCCGACCUCGUCGAAAAGGUCACCUUCUCCCUCUCCCGCCUGCACGAGCGCAUGGAAAGCGUGCAUUACGCCGAGACGGGCCCUCGCGACAGGCCGCCGUCCAAGGACGAUCGGCACAAAUUCACCCUCUGGCACGGUACGGCUUCUUCGAAGCACGUCAAGCUCCCUGGCGAUUUCGCUUUCCGCGAGGCGGCCGACCUCGCCCUCAUGUCCCUCUUCGGCUUUGCCUUCGCUGCAAAGCUCCAGCACGACGUCGAGAACUGGCCAAAGCUCGACGACAUCGACAACGCCGCCAACCCGGGUGGCUUCUUUCCGCAGUUCGUCGGCCGCAAGGAAGCUGGCUGGGCGCUCGACCAGCACGGCUGUCUUGCUCUGACCGUGGUCCAGGGCGACGAGUUGCUCUGGUACUACGUGAAGGCAGAAGUCGGAGACGACCAAGCUCCCCUUCCCGCCGGCAACGACCUCCCCAUCGACCCUCUCCCCGAGCAGAACAAGCCUUCGGGCUUCAAGAAGUUCUCGCUCAAGGCGCUGAAACGGUGCUGA